ACUGCGCGCCGGAGCCCGUUCCGCGUCCCCGCCGCCGGGAGGAGGUGCCCGCACGCUCGCGGCGCGCGCCGGCCCCGGACUCGGCCUGUGGGCGAUUUCCUCCGGACCCAGGCUCCGCGCCCGAGGAGGAAGAUGCAGACCUUUCUCAAAGGGAAGAGAGUUGGCUACUGGCUGAGCGAGAAGAAAAUCAAGAAGCUCAAUUUCCAGGCCUUCGCCGAGCUGUGCAGGAAGCGGGGGAUAGAGGUGGUGCAGCUGAACCUCAGCCGGCCGAUCGAGGAGCAGGGCCCCCUGGACGUCAUCAUCCACAAGCUGACUGAUGUCAUCCUUGAAGCCGACCAGAAUGACAGCCAGUCCCUGGAGCUGGUGCACAGGUUCCAGGAAUACAUUGAUGCCCACCCUGAGACCAUUGUCCUGGACCCUCUCCCUGCCAUCAGGACCCUGCUUGACCGCUCCAAGUCCUAUGAACUUAUCCGCAAGAUUGAGGCCUACAUGAAAGAUGACAGGAUCUGCUCGCCGCCCUUCAUGGAGCUCACCAGCCUGUGCGGGGACGACACCGUGAGGCUCCUGGAGAAGAACGGCCUGGCCUUCCCCUUCAUCUGCAAGACCAGAGUGGCUCAUGGCACCAAUUCUCAUGAGAUGGCCAUCGUGUUCAACCAGGAGGGCCUGAGUGCCAUCCAGCCACCCUGUGUGGUCCAGAACUUCAUCAACCACAACGCCGUGCUCUACAAGGUGUUCGUGGUGGGCGAGUCCUAUACGGUGGUCCAGAGACCCUCGCUCAAGAACUUCUCUGCGGGCACAUCAGGCUCCUCCCCAGGACCGUCUCUCGUGCCCCCUGUCUGGACUGGCUCUGGUCGGAGCAGCGGGAGGACUGUCGGGCACACCAGGGUGGCCAGGGGCCUCUAUGCCCCGCUAGCGGGAAGGAUGCCAGACCGAGAGUCCAUCUUCUUCAACAGCCACAAUGUGUCGAAGCCGGAGUCCUCAUCCGUUCUCACAGAGCUGGACAAGAUCGAAGGUGUGUUCGAGCGGCCGAGCGACGAGGUCAUCCGGGAGCUGUCCCGGGCCCUGCGGCAGGCGCUGGGUGUGUCACUGUUUGGGAUUGACAUCAUCAUCAACAACCAGACGGGGCAGCACGCGGUCAUCGACAUCAACGCUUUCCCAGGCUACGAGGGCGUGAGCGAGUUCUUCUCAGACCUCCUGAACCACAUCGCCACCGUCCUGCAGGGCCAGAGCACGGGUGCAGYCGCCGCGGGGGACGCGGCCCCGCUGAGACACAGCAGGCUCCUGGCCGAGCAGGCGGGCAGCCUGGCAGGCGAGMGGACRUGCAGCGCCAGCCCGGGCUGCUGCGUGCUGGGCCAGGACGCGCCCUGGAAGACCGAGGCCGAGGCGGGCGCGGGCAGCGCUGCCAAGCUGCCGCACCAGAGACUGGGCUGCACCGYGGGCGUGUCCCCCAGCUUCCAGCAGCACUGCGUGGCCUCCCUGACCACCAAGGCCUCCUCGCAGUAGCCACAGAGCCAGGACCCAGAGGGUGGCGGAGCACGCCACUGGGCAUCGGCCCCCAACGGACGCUACUCAGAAUUCCCGAUGAUCUGAUGCCUUUUUUUAAAAUUUUUAACCUGA